AUGAUGCUGCCUGCUGCUGCGCGUCGCGCCGCCCCGCGCCUCAUGGGCCUCAAGCACGGACUGCCGACGAUGCACCUGCUACCCGCGAUGCACUUUCACAGCUCGACGCCGAUGCGGAAGCGCGACUUUUACGAGGUGCUUGGCGUCGCGUCGGGCGCGUCCAAGAAUGAGAUCAAGAAAAAGUACUACGAGCUCGCCAAGAAGUUCCACCCGGAUACGAACAAGGACGACCCGAACGCGGCCAAGAAGUUCGCCGAGGCCACCGAGGCCUGGGAGGUCCUCGGCGACGACGACAAGCGCCAAAAGUACGAUACGUUUGGCCACGCCGGCGUUGACCCGAACGCCGGUGGCGGCGACGGCUUCCACGGCGGCUUUGAAGACAUCUUUGC